AUGGCACCUCAUGCCUCCCCUUCUGUUGCCCCUCCAGAUAGCCGACCUACAAAACGACCUCGUUUAUCCAAGUCUACUCACCGCGUUCUUAAUGUUUGGGCUCAGCUCGCCGAACGCUACAACAAACGUCUCGAUGAAGACGAUAUCGUUGACCUCUACAGCGGCACCAUAAUCAGUGACAGAGGAGUACUAAGGAACGGAAAAGACUAUGAUUUUGGUCAUUUAAAUCCCGAUGAUAUUCAGGAUGACCAAGAUCAGGAGCAAGAACAGGAGCAGGAGCCUGACGAGCAGGACCAGGAUGAUGACGUCGAUGAAUUGGACACUCUACCCGUUCGGCGCGCACCUGAUGGUACUAUGGCAUCAACGUCUGAAUUGCUUCGUGCUGUGCCACCUCUUUCAGCAACAACAGACGCUGACGAUCUUAACGACUUUCUGGAUGCUGAAAAGAGACGAAGAGAGCUGUUGGGAGAUGAGGACGGUGAUGAUGAUAUGUCUCUGGAAGAAUUAGCUGCGCUCCGAGAGGCUUUACAUAAGUCGGAUGAAGAAGAGCAGCCAGAGACCGUUGAUCCAGAGCAUGCAGCCGCCAUAGAAGACGAGUCUGAGGAUGAACUUAAUAGCAUAUGGCAGCACGACGAGGCUAGUGUUGUGUACCACAUCCCCCGCAAUGAAUCUGAACAGAAUGUUGCGGAAGGUGAGCAAAAAACCUCAGAAUUCGCUGAUUCUGAUGAGGAAUUUGCUGCGCUCCUCGAACGACCCCCGCGAGCUGGAAAGCGAAGGCGAAGCUCUUCACCAUCCUUUUCUCUACGAGGAUCUUCUCCAUCUUCGCACCGUUGUACAUCAUCUGAAAGUACACUAGUGCCUGAUACACCUUCGACUACAGCAAGCACCCGUUUCGCGUCUCAUACGCCGCGGAGUCAAGUCUACCCUUUUGCCACCCCCUCCGUCGAUCCCGCACAACCACUACCGCGUACACAAGUCUACCCUUUUGCCACCCCCUCUAUCGAUCCCGCACAACCACUACCUCGGACACAAGUCUAUCCUUUUGCCACCCCAUCCAUCGAUCCUACACAACCACCACAACUUCUUCUCUACCAGGCGAUGCACCAAUUGUCAUAUGCUUUGUCCGCGACGAUGUUGACAUACGGCUCACCUCAUAUGCCUCCGCCACCCACAGGUCCGUGGGGUGCGUACCCACUAGGUUUUGCGCAUCCUUGGGGACCACAAGAAAUGUCUGAAGCAUCCCACUCAUUUAAGCUGGGCGAUGAUAAACAUGACGAUGAACCGCCAGAUGAUGAAAGUACGCUUGUGGACCAUGACGGUGGUGACAGAAGGCGGUCCACGAGUCCCAUAGGUUCAAGGAGGGAGGCGAGAAGGCUUGAGCGCCGGAAGUCUGCUCGGUUUUAUGAGGAAAAAUAUCAGGACCAGCGUAUCGCGGCGAGGGGACGAACGCCUGGUACUCCAUCUCCUACCCUUAGUCUUAAGGGUUCCACUAGUACGAACAAGAAGGGGAAGGCAAAGCGCAAGUCGUAA